AGUUAUGAAGAUAUGUUAGAUAGCUUGAUUAUCAAGUUUCAUGAAGCUGCAAUAAAUGAUUCUGGUCUUUAUGUUUUAGGCAUUCAGCAAAUCCUUACAAUAAAAAGGAGUGUAUCAAUUGGAUCAAAGGAUCCAAAUUCACUUUCCAGAAAACAUUCUAAUUCUGUUUUGGUUGCUUAUGAUUUAUGUGAAGAUGAGGCAUCUACUAGAAUUGAUAAUGAUCAUUUGAUAAUUAAUAAUCCAAUUGACAACAAUGAAGAAACUUCAUCAUAUAAAAUACCAAAAAGACUCUAA